AUGAGACCGGGCUGGUCUUCGCAACUACCGCCCAAUAAGCUUGUUGAAUGUGCUUUACAAGCUGUUCACGAAGAUCAUUCUGACCCGCAUAUCGCAACGUUGGGUGAGACUCGACCUGUAGAGCAGGCCGGAUUCCGGAAGGGUUUCAGCUGCUUAGAGCACAUCCAAGCGGUCGCAGUGGCGAUCGAAGUGUGCCGAGAAUUCCGAAUGCCUCUUGUGCUUUUCUUUGUUGACUAUGGAAAAGCUUCUGACAGCGUCAAAACGAACGUGGCUCUGUCAGGACUGGUCGAUCAAAGAGUGGAGCCUCCCUACAUAAGAACACGAGCUGCAGCGCGACGAUCAAGCUGUUCCAACGACCUCUCCCCAUUUCCGUAG